AUGGAGGCGCGCGCUUCUGGAAAGCGGGGAGCCCCGGGCAGGGCCGCCUUGGCGGGGGCGCCGACCCCUCCGCCGCCCGCGCGCGUCCUGGCGGCCGCUCCGCGCCUAUUUUUAGGCCUUUGGGGCCGGGUUAAGCAGGCCGGGGAGCGCAGUGGUUAUAGAAGGCUCCGAAUGCUGGCUUUGAACCGAAAGGUCGGCGACGGCUGCUUUCUUGGAGAAAGACGUGGCUCUCGGCUUCCGGAACCUCCGCAGCCCUGCGCUCCGGGCGAUCAGGCCUUUGUGACACUGACCACAAAUGAUGCCUACGCCAAAGGAGCCCUGGUCCUGGGCUCGUCUCUGAAACAGCACAGGACCACCCGGAGGCUGGCCGUCCUCAUCACCCCGCAGGUCUCAGACUCGAUGAGAAAAGCUUUAGAGAUAGUCUUUGAUGAGGUCAUCAGUGUAGACGUCCUGGACAGCGGCGAUUCUGCUCAUCUAACCUUAAUGAAGAGGCCUGAAUUGGGUGUCACGUUAACAAAACUGCACUGCUGGGCACUCACUCAGUAUUCCAAGUGUGUGUUUAUGGAUGCAGAUACUCUGGUCCUAGCCAAUAUUGAUGAACUUUUUGAGAGAGAAGAAUUUUCAGCAGCGCCAGACCCAGGGUGGCCUGACUGCUUCAACUCUGGAGUCUUUGUUUAUCGACCUUCAGCUGAAACAUAUAAUCAGCUAUUACACAGUGCUUCUGAGAAGGGGAGUUUUGAUGGUGGGGACCAGGGUUUACUGAACACAUUUUUUAGCCGCUGGGCCACAGCAGAUAUCAGAAAACACCUGCCGUUUAUUUAUAACCUAAGCAGCAUUUCUAUAUACUCCUACCUCCCAGCAUUUAAAGCGUUCGGUAAAAAUGCCAAAGUUGUGCAUUUCCUGGGACAAGUCAAACCGUGGAAUUACGCUUAUGAUCCCAAAACAAGGAGUGUGAAAGGUGACGCCCAUGAUCCUUCCAUGAUUCAUCCAGAGUUUCUCAACAUGUGGUGGGAGGUCUUCACCACCAACGUUUUACCUCUGCUUCAACAAUUUGGCCUUGUUAAAGACAGCUUCUCCUACAUGAAUGUGCUUUCAGACUUGGUCUAUACACUGGCCUUCUCUUGUGGCUUCUGUAGAAAGGAAGAAGUCUCGGGAGCCAUCUCUCACCUGUCCCUGGGGGAGAUCCCACCCACAGUACAGCCGUUUGUAUCCUCAGAAGAGAGGAAGGAGCGGUGGGAACAGGGCCAGGCUGAUUACAUGGGCGCCGAUUCCUUUGACAACAUCAAGAGGAAACUCGACACGUACCUCCAGUAG